GCAUCCUAGUUUCCGAACCUUUUGUGGAACGUUAUCAAAAAAUACCUGCUUACGAUAACGUUUAUUAGUAAAUAAUAAAAAAAACGAUCGUGUUUCGUGUUCGUUUUUGCACAACUGUUAAUAGUGUACGCUAAUUUGGACAUUAUUCGACUUGAACAUAAGAGCGUGUUUGGUGUAAGUUUUGUACUGUGCGCGAAACCAGAUGAUCGACAAUCAGCUGUUCUUCGUUGACAGUUGUGAAAAAAGAUGGCGACCGUCUGAUUGUUCACAAACAAAGAAUACGUAUUAACUGAAGUGAUUACCUUCAAGCAAAAAGUGAUUUUAAUAGUUUUUAUUGCAUAAAGGACCAUUUCGACGAUAGAAUCAAAAUGCUUGAUUUGGAAAUAGCCCCUGAACGUUCCUUAGGCUGCGAACACUGGGAAUUUGUGUUGGGAAUGCAUUUUUCACAGUCAGUUGCAAUUAUUCAAUCCCAAGUAGGCAUUAUCAAAGGUGUUCAAGUUCUUUACAAUGACAGUAAUCCUCUCGACGUAGAUCUUGUAAUAAAUUUACCCCAGGAUGGUAUACGGUUAUUUUUUGAUCCAGUAGCUCAAAGGUUAAAAGUAAUAGAAAUUUGCAAUAUGAAGUCAGUAAAGUUGAAGUAUUGCGGGUCUUAUUUCAACUCCCCCGAAGUACUGCCAUCUAUUGAGCAAAUAGAGCAUUCAUUUGGAGCCACCCAUCCUGGCGUUUAUGAUGCCGAGAAGCAACUGUUUGCGUUAAAUUUUAGGGGGGUUUCCUUUUACUUUCCAGUAGAGUCCAAGUUUAAAACAGGCAACGCCCACAAUAUAGGGUCAUUGCAUUUUCCUCCCGGCAGUUCUCCGUUAGUUUCGCGCAUGUCAAUUUAUUGUGGCCCUAAUGUAGAACAGGCGACUGCUCCGGAACUUCCCUUAUCUUGUUAUUAUGGUCAGUUGUAUUUGAAGAAACUUGAAGUUAUUCGAGAAGACAAUUACACAAAAGGAAUUAAACUCAAUGUUACCGCAGGUGGAAACGCUCGCAGGGUCGAGUCAACAAAGUUGGUCUUUGAGAGAGAAGUAUUGUUAGGUCAUUCAGCGCAGGAUGUCGCUUCUAAUCUGGGUGCCCCUUCCAAAAUUUUUUAUAAGAGCGAGGAUAAGAUGCGAAUUCACAGCUCCAAUGCUCAUCGUCGUGUGGCGCAGAGAAGAAGUGACUAUUUCUUCAAUUAUUUCACUCUUGGCAUUGAUGUCCUCUUUGACGCCAGGGCACAUGUAGUUAAAAAGAUAGUCUUGCAUACCAAUUAUCCUGGACAUUAUAACUUUAACAUGUAUCAUCGAUGUGAAUUUCGUUUACCAAUCGAUGGACUCGAGAUUACUGCCUACUCACGCUGGGAAGAACUUUGUAAGCAGCUGACUCCUAGUGAACGACCAGUGGUACUAAACAGGGCCAGCUCCACUAAUACAACAAACCCUUUCGGGAGCACCUUCUGUUAUGGAUAUCAGGACAUUAUUUUUGAGGUCAUGCCCAAUAAUUAUAUAGCGUCAGUUACAAUGUAUGGGGACGGACGACCGUAUGAAACGUCAGAACAUGCGUGACAGAAACUCUCGGCCACUUACCUCAUUCUUUCAAACAGGUACUGGCAACCGUAAUGUAAUACUAAGUAAUUAUUGACGGAUUUAAAAAAUAAGUUGUACACCCAUAAUGUGUGUUCUCAUUAGCACAGUAGUGGUAAAUGUAUGUUUAUACUUUUUUGAGUGUACAUCGUCAAAAGGAAAAAAAUAUGUUAAAAUGUACUUGAAAAUGUUACAAAAAAUAUUUUGUAAGUAUUGUUUGCUUUUUGGUGAGGACUUCAGUUAUAGAAAAUGGACGAAAGAAUCCCAAAUAACGCAGAAAAAAUUGAACGAAAACAAAUUAUUAAUCUAUGUUAUUUUUACACUUAAAAUUAGGUCUCUUAGGUAAUAUGUGAUGAAGUAUUUUUAAAAAAUACAAUAGUGAACCGUUUUUUCUAAAGCUGUCACUGUAUUGUUGGAUUUAAUCCAAAAACAUGACAGCAGUUGCAAUAUAGGUUUUAUCAUCAUACUUGCAAAAAAAUUGCAAGAUGGAAAUAGUCAAUAUGUGCAGAAAACAAAAAUCAAAGCUAUAGUGUGAUUGUUGCAGAUGUUUUGUCAAGGAAAAUUAUUAUAAGAAUGCCAUUUUUUUUAUUUAUACUAAUUUAUUUUUAUUUUAAGUAUAAAACAUGUUUCACCGUUCAAUUAAUGAAUAAAAAAAUAGACUAGUUAAAUAUUUAGUUAAUUUGUAAAUUUCAUUGUGUUACUUUUACGUUGUGUACCGUGCAUGCAGGCAUUAAGUUCGAUCUCACAUGUUAAGUUGUACAUAUACUAUUCUUAUCUAAUUUAUAAAAAAUAAUUUUUACCUUUUUUGAUUUUAAGAAAAUAAACCAUUUUACUAUCCUAAAGAUUUC